AUGUGGAAUCGCAACCAGCUAGGGAAUGGCUGGGGUACAACUGCAAGCAUUAAAAAGGAAGAAAGUGAUGAUUUAUCUGCUACUGUGCUAUCAUUAGCACGAAAGGCUUCACAAACAAGUUCUUCCAGAUUUAACAACAAUAACAAUUGUAUUAAAAAUAUAGUAUCUGCGUUAAACCUUGUCACAACUUUUGCAUAUUAUGAUACAUCAGAACCAAAACCUAAGGAUACUUCACAUUUUGGAUUUGGACAACGCGCCAACGAAAGAAGUUCACUCACUCUUUUUACAUUUUAUCCACCAGAAGACAUAAUGAACACGGAAUUACCAAAAAGUUUAGAACUGAUAAAUGAAGUUCAACAAAUGUUUUUGAAUUACGAUCGAAAUAACGAAGAACAGACACGUAAACUUGUUGAUUUCAUCGAAAAUCAUGUUUACACAGGUUUACGCGAAUUAUCAACAAACAUUUUUCUUCGACCACAAAAAGUCAAAGAUUACGUUCAUUUAUACUCAUUAUUAUCACGAAACAUUAAGAUUAUUUCAUGUCACAACUUUGUCUGCACACCAAUUUUUUCACAUUAUUUAAUCAAAGAAGGAAUCUGUUCGGAAUUCGAAGCAACCCAACUUUCAUCAUUGUUACCUAAUUCAGCAAACGAACACUACUUAAAUCUCUUUUCAGAGUUCAUUAAAUUUUCGAAUUGUGUAAAUCCAGAUGCGAAAGAUAUUGAAUUUAUUGACUCAUUUAUUGAUGAUAACAUCGACAAAUUUGUUGAACUCACAUCGAAAACGGAUUUUGAUUAUAAUGAAAAACUCUUCAAAAAUCGUCGUCCAAUUUCGUUGAUCAACUUAUCUGCAAUGUAUGGCGCAAUUAAAUGUUUCAAGUAUCUUUUAGUUCAUAAUCCAGACUUGGAAAUAUUUGUAAUUAUGCCGUUGUUGGUGGUAACACAGAAAUCAUCCGAAUUCUUAAACAAGCAGGUGUUGAUUUCAACGACACAUCAAUUGUUUCAUUAUACUUCCGUCGUGAUGAAUUAUUUGACUGGCUUCGUUCCGAAACAACCAAAGAAGUCAAUCAAAACCAAAACCAAAAUCAGAAUUUAA